ACAUCCAGUUUGUCGGCUCAAUUCCUCAACAUUAGCCUAUACCAAUAUGUCUCUUAUCCCGAGCACCAUAUUGCGGCUCUCGCGAUCCAACACAAUUAAACCUCAGCCUUUCUCCGUCGGCAAAUUACCAAGAUGCACCCACCAUGCCUUGAUGUGGCAUGCCGUCCAUCAACGACGCUUUGUAGAAUCUAAAACCUCGCCGCAAAAGCCGGCACCCAACACCACAGUCUCACAGCAUUCAACAACAACGCCGCCACCGCCGAUAACAACAGCGAAGACGACCAAGAUAGACCAAAUCCGCGAAGACAUCUAUACUCUCCCAAAUAUUUUGACUUUUAGCCGAAUACUUGCUGCUCCUGCAAUUGGUUACUUAGUUUUGCAUGACUCGCACGCUUGGGCCACAGGGUUGUUAGCCUAUGCCGGCAUCACUGACCUGCUCGACGGAUGGAUUGCGCGGAAAUGGAAUAAGCAGACAGUCGUCGGCACCGUCAUUGACCCCAUGGCGGACAAGGCCCUUAUGACGAUACUCACAGUGUGUCUAGCGGUAAAGGGUGCCUUGCCAAUCUGGCUCGCUACUGUGAUCUUGGGAAGAGAUGUUGGCCUGGGUAUAUCAGCCAUUUACUAUAGAUGGAUAUCGCUGCCUGCGCCGAAGACCUUUAAGCGAUACUGGGACUUCUCGCUUCCUUCUGCCGAGGUCCGCCCUACCACGAUUAGCAAGUACAACACCUUUCUCCAGCUUGCCCUGGUGGGCAUCACAACUGCCGCGCCUCUUGUUGCAGUAGACUUGUCUCAGAGCUUGUCAAUUCUUCAAAUGAUUGUCGCAGCUACGACCAUUUGGAGCGGCGCCAGCUAUAUUUAUACAAAGGACGCUGUCAAGAUUUUGCAUCCGCCAAAGCAAGUACCAAAGUCCAUUACCAAGGAUAAAUCGCAGUAAUUAUUUGCUGUGAUUUGGUAUUAAAAACAAAGACUCCAUGAGUGUUGGGGUUGUAUUAUGUAAAUUCUUAUUGUACAAUCUAUUUUCAAAUAGUUCUGUUCGUAUCUUCUAUCCCUUCUUGUUGGUAUCCAUCGCUGGCGUAUUCAAAGAGGACCUUGUUAGGCAUCUUGGUAUUGCUCCAUAGGCGAGGUCGUAGUCCUGCGAAGAUGCGCGAGGAGUCUUAAACUUCCAGCAGGUGUUACCCCUUCAAUACGUCGUGCUUGCGCCAAUGUUUCCGGUCGCGCUACCUUCAAGACUUCCUUUUCUGAUAUUGCUAGUCCUCCGAUACCGUCAUAGUUAAUGUCCAUAGGAAUUUUGAUUCUUUCGUCGUGCAUGAAUCGGCCGCGCUCGGCAGCUUGCAUUUCGAUAUAAGGGGCAUACGCGGCUUCAAUAACAACCCUCUGUCGGAUGCGCUCUGAAUACUCCAAGAUUUUAGGAACUACCUGGCUCAGCCUGUCCAUCUGCUCGCCGCCACCAUUGUGCGAUAAACGUAGGAUGUCGAUGCCGCUGCGACGACGAGAGUUGCGUUUGAGAUCGAAUCCAUUUGCCGCCCAUUUCUCGGGCGUCAGCGAAACUGCAUUGAGAGUUCUAGUCAAGGCAGCAAUUUGGUCCCUCUCAUUGGUAAAGGCCUCCCAUCGCCUAUCAGAAACAGCUCCCCAUAAUUUGCCCUUCUCAGUCAAACGUAAAUCCGCAUUAUCAGCACGAGUCGACAUGCGAAAUUCACUACGAGAAGUAAACAUGCGAUAGGGUUCUGUGACGCCCUUGGUGAUGAGAUCAUCAACCAUGAUGCCAAUAUAUCCAUCCGACCUUGUCAAAGAUGCUGGUUCAAGAUUAAGCGCUGCUCUUCCGGCAUUUAUCCCUGCAAUAACGCCUUGACCAGCAGCUUCUUCAUAUCCUGUUGUUCCAUUUAUCUGGCCAGCGAGAUAUAAGCCCUCAAUAGCUUUGGUUUCCAAAGUUGAUCGCAACCCGCGAGGGUCGACAUAAUCGUAUUCAACGCCAUAUCCAGGUUGUAACAUUUCGACCCUCUCAAGCCCCUUGAUUGACCGCAACGCCUGCUCUUGUGCUUCUGGUGGAAUCGUCAUGGAUAAGCCAUUGGGGUAUAUAACAUCGUUAUCAAAGCCUUCCGGCUCGAGCCAAACUAUGUGUCGAUUUUUUUCCGCAAAUCUAAUGACCUUAGAUUCCAGUGAUGGACAAUAUCUCGGUCCUUUAAUAGUUUCUCGUAUAUGUAUCGUCUUGUCUAAAUUGUCUCGAACAAUAUCGUGUGUUGCUUCAUUCGUAUAAGUGAUUCCACAUGUCAGUUGUUCUUUGACAGUGACAGCAUCAUUAAGGUAGCUGAAAGGGUUCGGUCUUUCAUCUCCUAGUUGUUCCUCUAGAACAUCAAAAUCGAUAGAGGAUUUGGCAAGUCGCGGAGGUGUGCCAGUCUUGAGUCGGCCAAGCUGAAAGCCGGCAUCUCGCAAGGACUUGGUCAAACCAAAUGUCGCAGCCUCACCCAUCCUGCCAGCAGGAUAGCAUUGGAGUCCAAUAUGAAUUUCUCCUCCCAAAAAGGUUCCGGUUGUAAUAAUGACGUGAUUAGCUGAGAUAGUCUGACCAGAUUCCAAUUGCACACCGGAUAUCUUUGGUCGGCUGUCCUGGUGCGAAAUGACGAUGUCGGAUACACUGUCAAGGACGAUCGACAAAUUCGGGUAUGAUUCAAGCUCGUGUCUCAUAUGUUGUUGAUACAAGCGUCGGUCGAUCUGCGCACGAGGGCCCUGUUGAAGACGAUGUCAGUUUGCAUGUAGGACAAAGAACCACAUAGGUACAUACCCAAACUGCAGGUCCUUUCCUGCUAUUAAGCAUAUGGAAUUGUACGCCAGCUUUGUCUAUUAUUCGACCUGUCAACCCGUCGAGCGCAUCUAUCUCUCGAAUGAUGGUGCCUUUGCCGAUCCCCCCAAAGCUAGGGUUGCAUGAACAUGUUCCCAGGUUCUCAAUUUUGGGCGUAACUAGAGCAGUUCUUGCG